CUUUAUAAUUGACGUCAUUGUGGUCAUGUAAUGACGUACAUACAUUAACGUAAAAAACAAAAAAGCAAGAAAAAAGCACUAACUGGGAAAACAAAACCCAAAGCAAUCUCGAACGUCAACUACAGACGAUGGCUCUAGCGAAUCGAGCUGACCGUGAGAGACGUCACCACUUCCUCCAGAACGUUCACCCGCAGGAACAGGUGAUGACGUGCACGAUCUGCCUGGACACGUUUAGGAGCCCCAAGUUCCUGCCGUGCUUCCACACGUUCUGCAAGUCGUGCCUCGAGCAGCAGAUUGAGCGCACGUGCAGGUCGCAGCGCUUCCCGUGUCCGUUGUGUCGGACGAGCGUCAAGCUUCCGUCCGGCGGAGUAGACGGUUUCCAGACGAACUUCUACGUGCAGGAGAUCUUCACGAUCCUGGCCAGGUCAAGGGUCAGGGAGCCGCCGCGGGAUGACGACGACGAUGAUGAUGAUGAUGAUGAUGACGAUCGGGCAGUUUGCGAGUUCGAGAGAAAGGGGCUGGAGGAGGAAGAAGACGAAGAGGAGGAACAGCCGCAGGUCGUGUCGGAUCUCGUCUGCCCGAAGCACGCGCUGGACAAGGAGUGGCUGACGUCGUACUGCAAGCAGUGUCAGGUGCCGACGUGUGCCCGGUGCAUGUGCCACGACCACUAUGGACACGAGUCGGAGACGCUGUCCGUGGCCCUGGACGAGGCGCAGCGCAGUCUGUACACCCUCAACUUCCGCAUCCACCGCUUCCACAACCUGACGCGCGAGAUCAUCAAGGACCGCCAGCGCUACAUCGACAGCUACAUCUGGCAGCUGAGCUCCGUGGCUGACCAGAUCAACAGCAACGCCGACGACAUCAAGAUGACGGUGGACACGAGGAAGCAGACGCUGCUGCAGCUGCUGGAGAACCUGAAGGUGACUGAGGUGAACCGGGCAGAGGACCACGAGGCCGAGGUGGCCGACUACCUCCGGCGUCUGGACGAGGUGCGACAGCAGGUGGGCUACUUGACGAGCCACGCCAACGUCACCGACACGCUCACCUGCUACUGGCUGCUCAGGGACAAGGGCGAGCGCGUGAUGGCACUGAUGCCGAAGGCGAUCGACAAGUACAGCGUCGUGUACGACAGCGUGUUCGUCGACGGCAUGGAGAAGCGCAUCGAGGAGGCGCUCGGCUACCUGCACACGGAGAAGGACGAGCACUUCGACCGGCAGGUGGAGCCCGAGGUGCCGGACGACAUCGCCCAGGGCUCGCCCGUCACCAGUCGCUUCGUGGACGCCAUGCCCGAGGUGACGUCCAUCUACCUGGAGACGCUCAACGGGGAGACGUUCAAGCCUCGGGCGCAGAACGGCCGCAUCCAGAUGAUCGUGCCCGUGCGCACGGUGGGCGCCUGGGUCGGCUACGACUCCGGCAUCCCCUACAUGGACCUCGUCACGACGGCGGGACUGACGGUCCAGUCUAUCAGGGUGACGGGUCCCGUGACCGACGCCGCCGUCCUGGAAGACGGGCGGCUAGUCGUGGCUCGCACCAACCCGCACCGGCUGUCCGUCUGGGAGACGCGGGCUCGUCAGGCGAUCAGGCACGUCACGCACGUCCCUCUGUCCGUACAGCCUUUCGGAAUAGCGGCGAGGAGCGACCGGGAGGUGCUCGUGUGCGGCAAGGAUGAGAUCCUCGGCGAAUCCACUGUCUACGUCGUUCACUUAGACACCAGACUGGUCACGUGCCUCUUCAGAGAUGGCGUCGUCAAUCCACUGAGGUCGCCCAACAAGAUCGCCUACUACUGCAGCAGCAGCAGCAGCAGAAGCGAUGAUGGCGACGACGUCGUGUGCGUGUCCGACAGCAAACGCAGACAGGUCUACUUCUUCAACACGGAGGGCGAGUGCCUGAACGUGUUCCCGGCGAGAAAGUGCCCCUCGUGCCCGGAAGGAAUCUGCUUGGACAAGAGAGGAAACCUCGUCGUGGCGGACAAGGGCAACAACUCUGUCAUCGUCGUGACGACCAAGGGAGUGUUGGUCGAGAAGCUCGUACGUGGCGGUACGGGUCUGGCCGGGCCGCGGGCCGUCGCCGUCGAUGACGUGGGGCGUCUGUGGGUUGGCGAUUCGGGCGGAUACAUCUCGGUGUUUUACAACCAGCUGCUAUAUUAGAGAAACUCAACGAAAAAGGAGACGGCCACGUGUUCUCGUAUAUACUGACAGAAGGAAUUUUAAAAAUGGGACGUAGAGGAACUCGACACACAACUUUGUACAAUAAGCUGAAAUAUAUAAUAUUUAUAGGUCUUGUUUUCCCGCCAGAUUAAAUUACAUAAAGUAACAAAUGACGAGAUAGCUGGAACUACGUAAAAGAUACGACCGUAGGAACGACAUUUCUACUUGACAGGUUAUUACAGAAGCGAGGAACAUUUAUCGUUUAGCAUCAGGAAACAAUAUAGUAAUGGUUUGGGUGGGAAAUUUCCGCCGUUUUUCCGAUGUUUAUAUCUGUUAUUUUUAUUAAGGUAUAGAGAGUCAUUUCAGAAUAAAAAAUGCUUAGACAUAAACAGUGUACACACGAUUUGCAAUCUGACUGUAAGUACGUCUGAUAUUCUUAUCAAGACGUUUGACGAAAGGCCUCUUUAGAAAGAUAAUGUUCCCAAUCUGGUUAAAAUCAACUCCACUGGUCUGUAACUAUUACCUGUGAUCCGAUUUCAAUCAGAUUGAUGAUGUUCCCCACACUGUAUGCACGCCAUUGUGACAGAUAACUUUGGCAUAUCACGUAGAUAGUUGUGAUAUUUAGAAGACCAUAGCAGACAGAUGGCUAAAUGGCAUUCUUCCCGAAGGCCAAACAAAAAAAUAUGUAUGGUCCUGGUUACAUGGAUGGGGGGCGGGGUUAGGUAGGUACUAGGUAGAUAGGCUAUAACUUUUUAUUUUUUUAUUUUUUUAAAUUCCUAAAAUCUGUCAAGCUGGUCUUGAUAAAGAGAAGUAAUGUAACAUUUCAAACAAAUGUCGCAUCUUCGCACUGUUUUGAAGAUCGGUAGAAGUGUACAGAAAUGUUUAGGGUUAGCGAAAAUGUGAAACAAAUAAAUAAUAGGGUCGGUCGGGUAACCGGAACCACACGUAUUGCUUUAUUUGGCCUAAUAUAUUUCUUCAAAUAUUUCUGUUGGACAGCGUGAUUUAGCGGGAAUUUCUUCUCCCAAUCGUGAAAUAUAGGCUAAGCAUUUUUGGCAAUAACGAAGUAGGCUGAGGUAUAUAUUUAAAAUAUCGCGUAAAUAUUAUUUACAACAUUUAUAUCUUUAAACUAUAUAAUUUCUAAAUAUUUAGGAUUUCUACAUGAAGAUAAAAUUCGCGCACGUGUAUUUUGUAGUUGUUUUAUCUUAGCAAUUUUCUUAAUAUUUUUUUUUUUACUGAUUUAAUGUUGACAUUUUUCUUCUUUAAUGUAACUAUUAGUAUAAAUUUGUAGUAGGUAUAUACACGUUCAUCAUAGUUGAAAAUAAAAUACAUACUUUGAAACA